AUGGCGCUCUCUGUGGAGAAGACCUCGUCUGGGCGGGAGUACAAGGUCAAGGACCUCUCGCAGGCGGACUUCGGCCGCCUCGAGAUCGAGCUGGCCGAGGUCGAGAUGCCCGGUCUGAUGGCGUGCCGCGCCGAGUUCGGCCCGUCCAAGCCCUUUGCCGGCGCUAGGAUCUCGGGGUCGCUCCACAUGACCAUCCAGACUGCCGUCCUCAUCGAGACCCUCACCGCGCUCGGAGCCGAGGUCCGCUGGUGCUCCUGCAACAUCUUCUCCACGCAGGACCACGCCGCCGCUGCCAUCGCGCGCGACUCGGCCGCCGUCUUCGCCUGGAAGGGGGAGACCCUCGAGGAGUACUGGUGGUGCACCGAGCGCUGCCUCGACUGGGGCGAGGGCUUCGCCCCCGACCUCAUCGUUGACGACGGAGGUGACGCCACGCUGCUCAUCCACGAGGGUGUCAAGGCUGAGGAGGAGUACGAGAAGACCGGCAAGAUCCCCGACCCGGAGUCCACCGACAACGCUGAGUUCAAGAUCGUGCUCACCAUCAUCCGCGACGGGCUCAAGGCUGACCCCAAGAAGUACCGCAAGAUGAAGGAGAGGCUUGUCGGCGUCUCUGAGGAGACCACCACCGGAGUCAAGAGGCUCUACCAGAUGCAGGAGACCGGCGCCCUCCUCUUCCCCGCCAUUAACGUCAACGACUCCGUCACCAAGAGCAAGUUUGACAACCUUUAUGGUUGUCGCCACUCCCUCCCUGAUGGUCUGAUGAGGGCCACAGAUGUUAUGAUUGCUGGCAAGGUUGCCGUGGUCUGUGGAUAUGGUGAUGUCGGCAAGGGCUGUGCUGCUGCACUCAAGCAGGCUGGUGCUCGUGUCAUUGUGACUGAGAUCGACCCCAUCUGUGCCCUCCAGGCUCUGAUGGAGGGUCUUCAGGUCCUUACCUUGGAGGAUGUUGUCUCUGAGGCUGACAUCUUCGUGACCACCACCGGCAACAAGGAUAUCAUCAUGGUUGACCACAUGAGGAAGAUGAAGAACAAUGCCAUUGUCUGCAACAUUGGCCACUUCGACAAUGAAAUUGAUAUGCUCGGUCUUGAGACCUACCCUGGUGUCAAGCGCAUCACCAUCAAGCCCCAGACUGACCGCUGGGUGUUCCCUGAGACCAACACUGGCAUCAUUGUCCUUGCUGAGGGUCGCCUGAUGAACCUUGGGUGUGCUACUGGCCAUCCUAGCUUUGUCAUGUCCUGCUCAUUCACUAACCAGGUCAUUGCCCAGCUUGAGCUGUGGAAGGAGAGGAGCUCUGGCAAGUACGAGAAGAAGGUGUAUGUGCUCCCCAAGCACCUUGACGAGAAGGUUGCUGCUCUCCACUUGGGCAAGCUUGGUGCCAAGCUGACCAAGCUCACCAAGUCCCAGGCUGACUACAUCAGCGUGCCGAUCGAGGGUCCCUACAAGCCUGCCCACUACCGGUACUAG